GCUCACAAAAAUGGGUCUAAAGUCAGAGAACGGAAAGCAAUCUCCAAUUAGCAAAAAACCCACAAUCCCAUGGCCUUGGCCAGAUCUUCCCCCCCAACUACUCAACAUAGUUGCAAAAAAUUCUACCCUAAGGAGAAACAUUAGCUAUGGGGGUAAUGUCACCAAAUCAUACAGAGUUCUACCAAAACAAUGCAACCCCAUCCGCAAAUCACCAUUUCCCCAGCUCAUCACCAACGGCACCGACACCUACGCGGACACUUUUUACAUCCCAUUCCAUUCUGGGUUCUAUUUUUGGCGUGGGAGACGUGCGUUUGGUUCUGGUUCUUUGAAGCAUAUUGUAGGGUACUCCCAUGGUUUAUUAUUUGGUAGAGGCAGAGGGUAUCUACCAUCAUCCCAGUUAUAUCUCUGGGAUCUCUGGGAGCGUACUUGUUGUACCUGGCUGGAUGUAAGUCAUAAUAUUCCGCCUUGGGAUACAAGUGUUCCAUUUAAACAUGGUGCUAUAUCUUCCUCACCUAUACAGGGCACCACUCCUACGAUGAUGGUCUUAACAGGAAUGAAUCAUUCGGCUUUUGCGUUCUAUCGACUAAGAGGAGGUGAAUAUGCUUGGAUCAAGCAAGAUUGCACCCUUGUUGACCCCCACUCUACAAACAACCAACUCAUACAAUUCACCCAUGCCAUUGGAUUCAACCGAAAGUUUUAUGCAUUGAGUUUGCAAGGAACUCUUGCAGUGAUAGAGGAAAUCGAUUCUCGUCUCCGAAUCAACGGUUUAAGCAAAAGCAGGGCUGUUCCAAGUGUCCCGUCGAUGCAUUUCAAGGAGUACUUGGUGGAAUCCAAUGGGGAAAUCUUGUUGGUUUUCCUAAUCGUGUCUAGGAAAUCUAUUCGCAGUGUGGACAAUGUGGAGGUUUAUCGGCUUCGGUUCGAUACACUCUCAUGGGUGAAGAUGGAGGGGAUAGGGGAAAGGACAUUGUUCGUGGGGACUAAUUGUUGUUUGUCAGUCAACGCAAGUGAAGUUGGGUGCAUAAGAAAUUGCAUAUAUUUUAGUUAUCAAACAGUUGAGGGGUGGUGGGUAUAUGAUAUGGAGAGAGGAAGUAUCUCACCUGGUUGGGAUAGUUCAGAUUCCAAAACAAAAUCGCCAGUGUGGGAUGAACCAGAGCCAGAGGAGGAGGAACAAUUGGUUUGUAAAAAAAGAUGAUGUUUUUGUAACUCUUACUUUUGGCGACUUGUUUCAUUUGCUCUAUCAAUUUAUCACUCUUUGGAUUUGUUUGAAAAUAUAGACGAUAUGUGUUUCGGGAGCAAAUUUUUUUUUUUGUUCCGAUUUAUAUCGUAGAUGGUAUAUUUUUGGAUUAUGAGAGAAUUUGUCAAAGUGCUGAAAAAUAAUGUGCAAAAUAAGCUUUACGGAAUAUGUUAGUACGUGAAUUUGUAUUCAGAAUCCAUAAAACUCCUCUAGAGGUGGUCUUUAGAUUGUGCAUUCUUUUGGUUUUGUUUUGUUUUGUUUUUUGUUUUUAUAACGCAUGUAGACAGAAUACAAUCCAAAUUUUGCUCCCAAACAUCCAGAGAAAAUGACGAAUGAAAAAAGGAACAAGGGGGCGACCAAACACCCCCACGUAAAAAUUUUCUAUCUUGGAUUUUUGGAUAUUCACUAGUAAAAGAGCACGUGCGAUGCACAUGAUUGGUUUUUAUAGUAUUGUAUA